CCUUAUGCUAAUGAGUUUCGUGUGGCAUAUGCAGAGGCCCUUAAAUAUGGCGGCGUGGUGAUUCUUGGCGAUCGUCAUAUACAGGUUAUAUAUAUAUAUAUAUAUGUUCGUCCAGAGUUUCAAAGUAUUCUUUUUAAUAAAUCUUAUUAUGCACCUUACAACAUGGAGUUGCAUUAUCUCUCCAGCAUGGCUAUAUUCAUUUGAUUUCACUGGUUUUUUUUCCGAGCAGAUCACGUAUAAAAGAACAUGGGCAAAGAUGCCUCUACUGCUCAAGUUAAAGUGUAUAUCCUUGACGCUGAGGACGAGGACGAAACGGACAUUUCGGACUUAAUAACUGAAGCGAGCAAGGAUUAUCCAUCUGUCAUCGAUAAAUUUGUGCAUGAGCGUGACCAGUACAUGUCAUGCGCUUUACUGAGUGUUGCAAGUAAGCAACGUUCGGUUGUGGCAGUUGUUGGCAAGGCGCAUGUUAAUGGAAUCAAGAAGAACUGGAAGCAACCUAUAUCGGUGAAAGAUCUAACGGAGAUACCAGAGCCAGUAUUUACAGUGAAGAGGGUAGUAUCAUCAGCGGCAAUAGCAUUUGCAGGGAGAGCUAUUAUACGUCUUGCAAGAAGAAGGUGAAAGAGACUGUAAUGGGGGCAGAGUUAUUUCUUUUU